AUGGCUGGAAAGAAGGCAUCCGGGCGUGGUGAUGAGAACGCGGCUUUGGGUGGUGGAGGGAAGUCAAGGAAGAAGGGGUUGGUGAUUGGUAAUGAUGAUCAGUAUUCGAGUGGUACUGAGUUGUCGGAGAAGAAGGGGAAUCAUGAGGGAGAGGAAGGGGAGGAUGAGCAGGUGCCGGGAGUUGUGCUUGUUGCCGUGAAAAAGAAGUUGAAAGAGAGGAAGAUUGGUGCUGGUGGGAAUACUGGUUUUAAUUGGUCGAAUUUUGGGUUAUUGGGAGGUGGUGAUGAGGAUGAUAAUGAUGGUGAUGAUGAGGAGAUAUCCAAGUUGACUGGUGAGAAAGAUAGUGAGGAGGAGGAGGAGGAUGAGCCGGUUGUGAGUUUUAAAGGGAAGAAAAAGGGCAAGGGCAAUAAGAAGAGUGGUGGUGGUGGUGGUAGUGUGUUUAGUGCUUCGGGAUUUGAUGCUACCGAUGAUGGAGAUCAGGUGGUGGAUAAAGAUAGGGAUGAUGACGAUGACGUGCCUGUCACUGAAUUUACGGGGCAGAAGAAGAAGUCGUCAAAGGGUGGUAAGAAGGUUGCUGGGAGAUUUUCAUCCAAGUCUAACAAAAAGAGUGUUAAUAAUAAGUUUAGUGCAGCAUUGCUUGAUGAGAAGAGUGAAGAUCAGGUGGAAGAAACUUUGAAGCACGAGAAGAAGAAGAAGAAGAGUAAGAGUGCAAGGGAUGCUCAAGAAGAGGAUGAUUUGAAUAAGAUUCUUGAGGAGCUUGGUGACGCGCCACCAACUUCAAAAUCCUUGGCACCACCUCCACAAGAGGAGAAACCCAAUCUUCAGCCUCGACCAGUUUCAAUGCCAGAUUCUAUGGCUGAGAAGGAGGGUGAAGAUGAAAAAGAAGAGUCUGCUGCUGCAAAGAAGAGGAAGAAGAAGAAGAAAGAGAAGGAGAAAGAGAAGAAGGCAGCAGCAAAGGAAGAAAGACUGGAAGAAGCAAAAGCUGAAACAAUUGAGCCAAAAAAGACUGAUGCAAAGGGUAAAGGUGCUGAGAAGAAGCUUCCAAAACAUGUUAGAGAGAUGCAAGAGGCACUUGCUAGGCGAAAAGAAAUGGAGGAGAGAAAGGCGAGGGAGGAAGAGGAUAACAGGAGGAAGGAAGACGAGGAAAGGCUAAGGCAAGAAGAACUCGGGAGGCAAGCUGAAGAGGCUAGGCGUAGGAAGAAGGAAAGGGAAAAGGAGAGACUCUUGAAGAAGAAACAGGAAGGCAAGCUUCUAACAGGGAAGCAGAAGGAAGAACAACGGCGACUAGAGGCUAUGAGGUAUCAAAUUCUUGCUAAUGCAACUGUUACCGUCCCUAAUGCAGAAAGAGAUGGUGGGCCUACAAGACGACCUAGGUACCAGACUAGGAGGUCAAGACCAGUUCGCUAUGAAGCAAAUGGUUUCAGGAUAGAGGAACCUGUAGAAGCUAAGGAAAAAGAGCAGGAAGAAGUCCACGAGGUGCAAUCCUUAGAAAUAGAGAAGUUUGAGCCAGUGGAGGAAGAGAAAACAGAAGUUGCUAAUGAACUUGUGGAGGAUGGAAUGGAGGAAGAUGACGAUGAUGAGGAGUGGGAUGCAAAGAGCUGGGAUGAUGUAAAUCUCAAUGUUAAGGGUGCAUUUGAUGAUGAUGAGGAUUCUGAGCCUGAACCUGUCUUGAAGAAGGAAACAAAAGCCCCUCCUGCAGCUGCACAGCCUGCAAUUGCAGUGAGAAAACCUGUUACAUCACAGCCAAUGGACUCUCACGAUGUUGAAAAUAAGAAAAGUCAGGCUGAGGACGAAGUUUCUGUCAAACACUGGAAGAAAGAUGCUGCUGCGAAAGGUAAAGGAGCGGUUUCAGAUGUCAUCCUUCAUAAAGAUGAAGAGGCCCUGCGCUCUCCAAUUUGCUGUGUUAUGGGCCAUGUCGAUACUGGCAAAACCAAGCUGUUGGAUUAUAUUCGAGGUACCCAUGUUCAGGAAGGGGAGGCUCGGGGUAUCACACAACAGAUUGGUGCAACAUUCUUUCCUGUCGAGAACAUACGAGACAGGACUAAGGAAUUGAAAGCUGAUGCAAGAUUAAAUGUUCCUGGUCUGCUAGUUAUUGAUACCCCUGGCCAUGAAUCUUUCACCAAUCUACGGUCACACGGUUCAGGUUUAUGCGACAUUGCCAUUCUGGUUGUUAACAUAAUGCAUGGCUUGGAGCCGCAAACCAUAGAAUCACUCAAUCUUUUGAGGAAGAGGAACACGGAGUUCAUUGUUGCAUUAAAUAAGAUCGACAGACUCUAUGGAUGGAAAACACAACCUAAUGCACCUAUUAGGAAGGCAUUGAAGCAGCAGUCAAAAGAUGUGCAAAAUGAAUUCGACAGGAGGCUCAUAGAGGUCAUAACGCAGUUGAAGGAGCAAGGAUUAAACACUGAAUUGUACUAUAAAAACAAGGACAUGAGAGAAACUUUUAACAUCGUACCUACAAGUGCGAUUAGUGGAGAAGGCAUUCCUGAUUUGUUGUUACUACUGAUCCAAUGGUCUCAGAAAACUAUGGUUGAGAAACUCACGUUCAGAAACGAAGUGCAGUGUACGGUAUUGGAGAUCAAGGUUACUAAAGGCCAUGGAACAACAAUUGAUGUUGUGCUGGUUAAUGGCGUGCUCCAUGAAGGCGAUCAAAUUGUGUUUUGCAGCUUACAGGGUCCCAUUGUUACUACAAUUCGAGCUCUGCUGAUGCCUCACCCAAUGCAGGAACUCCGGGUUAAGGGGACAUAUCUGCACCAUAAGGAAAUCAAGGCUGCACAGGGUAUCAAGAUCACUGGACAGGGCCUUGAACAUGCUAUUGCUGGAACUAGUCUACAUGUGGUCCGCCGUGAUGAUGAUUUGGAAGAGGUCAAGGAAUCUGCAAUGCAAGACAUGAAGUCAGUCACGAGUCGGAUUGAUAGAAGUGGUGACGGAGUUUGUGUACAAGCAUCUUCCCUUGGCUCCCUGGAAGCGUUGCUGGACUUCUUGAAGUCCCUGGAACCAAGCAUUCCUGUUAGUGGUAUAGGCAUUGGCCCAGUACAUAAAAAGGAUGUCAUGAAGGCCAGUGUAAUGCUUGAGAAGAAUAAGGAGUAUGCCAACAUAUUGGCAUUUGGUGUUGAAGUGACACCUGAGGCUGGGGAACUUGCAGAUAAACUAGGAGUGAAGAUUUUCAAAGAGGAUACCAUUUAUUGCAUUUCUAAAGAAUUCAAGGCUUACAUUCAGAAUCUGAAGGAGGAAAGGAAGAGGGAAGCUGCUGGUGAAGCCAUUUUCCCCUGUGUUCUUGAGAUGAUACCAGAGUUCAUUUUCAACAAGAAAGCUCCAAUCGUCUUGGGGGUUGAUGUUCUUGAGGGCAUACUCAAGGUUGGGACUCCAGUAUGUGUUCUACAAAAAGACUUCACUGACAUUGGUCGGAUUGCUUCCAUUCGGUUUAACGAGAAAGCAGUGGAUCAUGCAAAGAAAGGCCAGAAGGUGACUAUAAAGAUCGUAGGCACCAAUCCGGAGGAGCAGCAAAAAAUGCAUGGCAGGCAUUUCGACAAUGAUGAUCAGCUAGUCAGCCACAUUACAAGAAGGUCAAUCGAUGUUCUUAAAGCUUAUUAUCGGGAUGAUCUGUCUAUGGAAGAUUGGAAGCUGGUUCUUAAAUUGAAGACCCUUUUCAAGAUACAGUAAAGCAUGAGGGUUUGGUGCAUGUUGGCACAUACUUCGAAGGGGCUUGCUUUUACACCAACGAUGGAGUCUUCCCUUGUAAAGAUGAAAGAAGCAAAGAACAUAUUGAUAUUAAAUAGCACAAAUUUAUAAAAAAAGAAUUUCUUCUGUUUUCUUGUCGUGGUCGCCGUCGUCGCCAUCGAUUGUUGACAUGAAGGAUUCUUUGUAGUAGAAUAAAAAUCUCUCGUAAAACCCAAAGGGGAACAUGAGAGAAUCUCCCUCACGACAAUUUCUUUGUUUUGUU